GAGCAUUCGAGCUCUGAUCCACAGAUCAAUGGAGUCGUCGUCGUCGUCGUCUUUGGACAGCAACCUCAGGUUCGACUUGUACGCGGUGCUGGUGGGGCUCGGCCUCGCGGGCUUCCUCGCGGUGUGCUUCUGGCGCCUGUACAAGCUCACCGUGUCCGCGCGGCCGCAGGACAUGAUGCCCACCGCCACCGCCACCGCCACCACCUCCGAUGCCGGCCGUCUCAAGACGGGAGCGCUGCGGCAGCAGGACGUCGCGGCACUGCCGGUGUUCGUCGUGCGCGGCCGCGGAGCCGGAGCGGACGAUGGCUGCGCCGCCGCGCCGUCGGUGGAGUGCGCGGUGUGCCUCGCGGAGAUAGGCGACGGGGAGACGGGCCGCCUCCUGCCCGGGUGCGGCCACAGGUUCCACGUCGCGUGCAUCGACCGGUGGUUUAGGGCUAACUCCACGUGCCCGCUCUGCCGCGCGGCGGCCGUCGGGGAGCAGCAGGGCGCGGUGGAGACGUGCAAGGCCGCCGCCUCGGCACAGGAACAGGUGGCGGUGGUGGUGCAAAGCUGAGCGAGCGAGCUGGCCGGCGUCAAAAUCGGAGGUCUGAGAGAUUGUUGUUUUGGAUUAGACAACUUUCUCAUCAAUGUGUCAA